AUGAAUGACACAAGGCAUCAGUCUCUAUUCUUUGUCAGUCUGCCAGAGCUACAAAAACUCUGUGCCACUACAAUAACACUGAGUUCCCAGUUACCAGAAAGUGAGACGAGGAGCACACAGAUAAAAAUGUGCAGACAGUUAUUAUUCCUGUAUCAAGACAUCCUUUCUGCACCUGUUAUUGGAACACUAAACCAAAUUUCAGUUGUAAUGGCGAUACCAUUUUACAAAUCAGGAAUAUGUCAAGCCUAUAUAGAGAGACAAGGAGCUACCCUGGAAGAACCACAAAGAGUUAGUCCAACUAUUCUCCAAAGCUGCCUCUCCUACACGCUUACAGCCAGACUUGCACCCAUGUGGAACAAGGCUGGUCAUCUCUUGGUGCAAGGUAAAGAUUUUUUGUCUCGUACAGGAAAGCAAAAUGCAGUGGUUCUAGACCUCAAUGUAUCAGAGACACAGCUUUGCAUCAGUGUGGAGGCUUGCUCAAUUCGGUUACCACCCCCUGAGCUUGAAGAUUUUGAUAUUUCAGCAAACACCAUAAAGCUGUUUGACAGCAAUGAAAAUACAGUUAUUCACAGACAUUCCAUAUUAACUAACUGGUGCUAUGUUUUGCCAAGCAUGAAAAUGGGUCAGAUCAUAAACAUCAGCCAUGUAAUUCCUCCAGAAUCUCCUUUCCAUUCAUAUAAGGAAUUUCAGAUGCACUGGAAGAAUCUGUAUGGAUAUAUUCUUCCAGAGGAUCUUGAAGAGAGAAAAAUAUACUUGAGUGUUUACUUCAAGCCGAUAGGGGAAAGGUUCUUUACCUACCCUCUAAGUUGCAUUCGAAGUCAACCAGUGCAGUAUUUUGCUAGAAUGGAUUCAGAAAGUGUGUUGAACUCUUUUAUUUCUGAUCUGAAGCGUAAGUUUUCACAUCUGUGUGGAUUUCCAGUAAAGAUGACAAGCAAAGCACUUUAUGCUACACAGGAACUCUCCAGGGCUCCAGUGCGUGAAAUAAAAUCUAAGCAUAUGAAAUUGGCAGAUGAGAUGGUUUGUGUAGUAUCUCUAACCCAGGCUCCUCCAAAGAAACAGACUUUGCCUAGCGUUUCUUCACCAUGCAGUACAGAAAACAGCCACUGGAUGGAGCGUUUGAUCAAAGAGCCAAAACCACAUAUUUUUUCGAGUAGCAGAAGUAUGGAAAAGGUUAGCGUUGAAGUAAAAGAGCAAUCAGUGAAUCAGAGGCAAAUAUCAGGAGUAUCAGAUUUACCAGUUCUGAAAUCCUUAGGAAUGCCCGUAAGUUCAGCCAUUGAAUCCCGCCCCCAAAAAGUCAACAGAACGAUACCAAUUUUCAAAGGAAAGUUAAUGCAAAUGAACGGAAAGACUACAAAUCAAACUGAGGGGAAGAAAAGAAAAAAUGCUGAGAGACAUUCACCAGUAAAAAAUAUGGGUGCUUCGUCUUCUGCAUUGACUGUUUGCAAGUCCAGCAUAACUCAAGUUUACAAACCUGUUCAAAAUAUGUCCGGCAAAAUUCCUACCCACAGCAGCUUUAUUCAGAUAAUGACUGAGAAAUCAUACGCAAAACAAGGUGUAUCUGUAUUCCAGUGGAAAAGAGAGUCUGGUGGACAAAUGACUACAUCUGUUUAUUCUGAUAACUCAGCUGCAGGUCACACUUCAAGUGAAGUGAGUCACAAUAAGGCAACCUCUCCUUCCUUUCUGAAGAAUGUUGGGCCAGUGAUUUCGAGAUCUAACAUCAGUCCGAGCCUGAAUACAUAUGCAUCUGUUACUUCCAGUUCAAGAAGGGCAAAAAUGUUUGCAAGUCAAAAUAGCACACAAGUUCUAGAGAAACAACACCAGUCAAAGAAAGUACAUUUGCAGAUUUGUAAUGGAAUGACAAAUUGCAAUUUAUCACCGCAACAAACAAAUGAAGGACCAGGGUUAAAUAUUCACGAAUCCGUCUUAAAUGAUACAGUGUGCAUCACCAAAAAUGAUGAAAGUAAAGCAUCUUGCAGUUCUAAGGAUUGUAUUGCUAAAACAACCUGUCUUCAUUCCAGACUGAACUGUGAACAGAUGUUUACAGGAAAAGAGAAUCUGAGAUGUGAUGAAACACUGGCUUCAAAACUGACUUACUCAACAAAGGGGAGCAACAUGGAAGUACCAGUAAAGAAAGGCUGUGCCAGAAGGAGACAGAAAGAAGAAGGUUCCUCAAAACUAAAGAAAGCGAAAAGAAGUAAGCCUUCUAUUUAG